CCAUCUUUCCCGACAAAAAUUCCAAAUCAUGGACUCCGAUCGUUAUUUCGUUGGGGAGCGCGUCAUUCUGGAUGAACGUCACUUGGGAACCGUGCGAUUCUGUGGACCUGUCGAAGGAGAAGACCAAGGCCAGACUUGGCUGGGCAUCGAAUGGGAUGACCCGACUCGUGGCAAACACAGUGGACAAUUCAAAGAUGGUCCUGUGCUAUUCCAACCAUUAAUUCCGAACUCAGGAACCUUCAUGAAACCUUCGAAGAGGCUGGGGACCGGACGGUCGUUCCUAGCUGCCCUGAAAGAGAAAUACUUGGAUGAGCACUUGCUCAAUGCAAACAAAUCUAACAUCCGGACGGAAGAAGACAGUAUGCGCAAAGUUGCUCUGCGCUUUUCUCAAUUAGAUCGACUGCGAUUGAUUGGCCUCGAGUCAUCAAAGAUCAAUCGAGCCGGAAAUGAGUUGGAAAUUAGGGAACUUGAGGGCUUGCUUCCAUCCGUAGAGACAUUGAAUUUGUCUUCGAACAUGUUUUCCGACUUGGCUGAGGUUGCUACAAUUGCUGGAAAAUUACCUCGAUUGAAGACACUUGUCUUAAGCUCAAACCGCUUUCAGUUUAUCCCUGAGAUGCUAUCCGGGCUCUUUGCUAUAGAAAUACUUUAUCUCGAUUCAACCCUUCUCACAUGGAAACAGAGCCUCAAGGUUGCUUCUCAGAUCAAAGCUCUUGUUGAGCUUUCUCUCUCCAAUUGUCGGAUUGGACAUUUCGGUUUAGACAAUGUUCCUACCCAUGAACCAUCUUUCGAAAACCUUUCUUUAAAUUCGAAUCUGAGCCCAUUCAACUUGUCAAGCAGCGUCCAGUUUAUCGUCAUGGUCCUGAAAUCAGUUCACCAGCUCAGCCUUGUGGGAAACCUGAUUGCCGAGGGCAGUGAGAUCGAUAAUCUGCGAGACUAUUUGCCUGGAUUAUCUUCCCUCUUUCUUGAUGGCAACCCUCUAUACGGCGCGCAAGAUGUGCGAAAGAACCGCCUGCUCGCAUUAGCUCGAUAUCCGACGUUGGUUCAUCUAGAUGGCAGCCAGGUCACACCUGCCGAGAGGACGGAGGCAGAUUUGUUCUACUGGUCAAUAGUCAAAAAAGAUCCAGCAGAUCACGAGCAAAGGAAGAAGUUACAUAAGAGAUAUGCGGAACUAUUAGCAAAAUUUGGGUUACCCGAACCUGAAUCAAACCAUACGCGUACAAGUGCACUCAAGGGCAAAAUGAUAAACCUUACGGUUGUCUGCGCAGGAUGUGUAUCGCUCGAUCGAGAACAUAACAUCGAGGUUUUGCCGAGUAUGACUGCCCGGGGAUUGAAGAUUUACCUGGCUAAGAUGAUUCGACGGAGCUCCCAUUCCGCAAAGAGUGUCUCUGAGAUUAUGGCGACUCUGGAGGUACAUGUGGCGGAUAAGGAUAAUGAGACAAGACAUGUAGUCGAUCUCUCGGAUCCUCAGAAAGACCUUGGAUGGCUUGGAAUUUCUGGUGGCGAUACCCUGGAGGUCUCUUUCUAA